UCCAUCCCCUCCCUUUCAGCCCCUUUCCUCCGGGCAGCGCGGCCGCUCCUGUGUCCCCCCUCUCUGUGUCCCCCGUGUCCUACUGGCGGGCGGGCGGGCGAGGGAUGCGGCCGAGGCGGUGGCCGUGUUGGCAGGGCCGCUCCCCGCGCGCCCACGUGAGGCGCCCGGCGCCAUCUUGGGCCAGGACCGCGCGCCCGGGAGGGACAAAAUGGCGGCCCCGGGCCCUGAGGGGCCCCUCGCCCUCCGCCCAGCUCCUGGGCAGCGGCAGCUCUGCACUCCUCUCUCCAGAACCGCCUUCCAGCCCGCUCUUGGAGCUGCUUUCUGAAUUAUCUACCUUUUGCUGUCUCUCACCUGUAACAAUAGCUCUGCUUCUGCCUCACGUCCAGGUUGCUCGGGCUCUUAUUUAAACCUAAUAGUCGAAGGCAACCCCCUCGCUUUGUAAAACUUGCAACAGAUAUUCUUUCAAACCUCACAGUUACUCUAAGAUCUGACUGCCUGGAUGGGUUUUCUACUAAUACCGAAGUAGACGAGGUGCUAAGCCUCACGUUUGUGAUGCACAUCUGCGGUACUGAUGACCUCUUUAACAGUCAGUUAUUUUUUAUUUAGUGGACCAGCUUUGUUUUCCUUUGAAUUGGGGUCAUUACUUUGUUUUGGGGUUUUUUUCAGCAUAAUUCUAACUUCCUAACUCGCUGCAGCAUCGGAGGGAGCUGUGGAGGUGAUAAGGAGUUACAUUCUAAACUGGAGACGACAAAAAAUAUUUAAAAACGUAGUAAUCCUGAGCAAUGUCUUCCUUAGAAUAUGGCUUUUCUUUACUAUUUCACUAUAAUAAGGUGUGAUACAGGAGUGUUUCUGCUUCAAGGCAGGUGAGGUUAGAAAAAUAUGGUCUCCAGGAAAUUAAAAAGGGGAAUGAAUGGGGAAAGACAGGGAUUAAGGAACUGACUUAUGCCACCCCUGGUGUUCUCCUUCCUUGAUACGUUCGUGUCACUGGUGUGGUUUUAGUGAGGGAGCAGCAUUUGCUCGAGGUGGGUAUUUGGGUGUCAGGUGUUUUUAAAGUUGCUUUUUUAAUUGUUGUGCAAGUCGCAAUGGAGACCAGUUUAAGCUUAAUAAAGUUUGCCUUGUGUUUUCGGUCAGAAUGAGUGGAAAUGUUAAAACUUUUGUAGCAAAGUCUUUGUGAAACAUCACCAUGCAGGGUUUUGGGGUAGGAAUUGCUGUCUUGUUGUUUUUCGAUAUUUUUAUUUAAAAAAAGACAAAAACAUAAAAUGUCUUUAGGCAGUUUUUGCCGAGGCUUAAAAUGAGUUUUGUGUGAAAUCUUAUGACUUUUAAGUAGAUGAACUGUAUGCAAUUGGACAUGUUCAUAAAGCAAAGAGUUCCUGGCCUGCUGUUCCAGACUGGAGCAGGGAUUGGCUUUUCUAAUGCUAUUGCCAGUGUUAUUUAGGUGGUUGUUUUUUUUUUUUUUUCUUAUUUAGGCUUUUAUUGUACCGAGUCAAUGGCUUUUCUACUUUUCCAAGCUGAAGUCUCUGCAGAGUAGAGUCAGUGUUUGGGUAAAUAAUCUGGGAUGGGAUUUAGCAAGUGUCUAUGAAGCUGUCCCAAGGCCAGGCUGCCAAAAGGAAUCGUGCCCCUGAAAAUGUGGUCCUGCUCUUUCCCUUGUACUGUUCCUACAGUCAGUCAGAUCUGGGAAUUCAAUCAGCUGGAUCUUUUUUUUAAUCCCGUUUCCAGCUGCAGUGGUUUGCAGGCCUGACUGCAAUGAGUCCUUACGGGGUGAAGGAGAAAUUCCAGGUGCUUUUACCACUUUGGUAAAAGGGGAUUGGUAUUUCAGCAGCAGCACAAACUUACACUGGCUUUUGUGUCACUUCUAAAAAGAAAAACAUCAAAGAAGGAAAAAAGACCCACUUGAAGUCUCUUUUACAGCUUAUGCUCCAUCAUGAAAAACUUUUUCACUGAAGGGGCUAUGAAUUGCCACCAAUACUUCAAAUACUGGAAUGUGCUUCAGAUACUGUCACUGUGCUGCAGUGCCAGGGUUUGCCAAGUUUAUUUUGUUUUCAUUGAAAUUGUUCUCAGGGAAGUUACUGGGAUUCAGGCCUGGAGGGGUUGGAAAGAGUUUAGUUAAAGGGAAAAAUAGAGUCUCAUCCUAGGAAUUAGUUAAUUCUGAUAAUGAUGGGUUGAUUUAUGAUCAGAAACUUCAGUGUGAGGGCUUUGUUUGUGUGUUGUUUUGUUUUGUUUUUUAUCAGAGUGACUUGCAUGGUGUAAAUGCUCAAUGUCCAGAUAACUAGCAAGGUAUUUCAAUAAUACAUUUUUAAAAAUAGUGAUUUUUUUUUUCCUUGUGGCAGAGGGAGGUCUAGGAAGGAAGUUUGAGAAGGUUUUAUAGACAAGCUGAUAGCUCCAUGCCUCCAAAAGGAUGGAUCAUUCCCUGUGUUCUUCUUUCACUGGUUGACACUUGAUCUGACCUUCUGGAGGGUUGGUUCAGUACCCAGAGCUGUCAGAAAAUAAUUUGGGUUUUGCUGGUGCGUUAAUUCCCUGCCAGCCUGGGGCACUGAAGGAGCCCCCAGGGUCAGCACCAGUGGCACAGGUGGUGGGAAGAAGCUCUACCUUGAUUUUUCAAAACACAUUCUUUUUUUUGUGGAGUUUGGAAACUUGUGGAAAGGGAUUAUUCUGCUUUUCCCUCCAGGCUCCCCCCAGCAGAGAUCUGAGCUGGUGAUUGUGUCCCUCAGGGGGAAGAGGCAAAAGCUGUUGAUUUUUUGUUGACUCAGUUGCUAAAUUCCAUAGUGGAGAAGUCAAGGAAUGUGAAGUCAGCACAGACACACCUUGGAUAAACGGGCUGCAGAUCUGAUGUAACAUGUGAGGCUGCACCUUUCUUUAGGUAAACAAGUGGAAAUACAUAAGUUUAUAGGAAUCUUUGAUUAUGAAGACCCUAAUACUUUUAUUUCUCUGUCUUAUGCUAUUGACUGAAAUCUGUACCUUGCAUUCCUGUGAGGAAAAACUGGAUCUGAGAAGUGCAAAGAACUUGUGGCCAUCACAGACCUUCCAACUGCUUCUGCCCAUGGAAACCUUUCCUGCCCCCAAAUCAUCCUGCUGUGUGACAUUCCCUGCUCCUGGAGCACUGUGACAUUCUUUAUGAAAUGUGCUUAGAGCUGCUCAAAAUACCAUCCCUGCAGUAUCACACUUUGGUUUUAAUGUGCUUAAAGUCUGGAAAGAAUCACUUGGAAACCACAAGCCUGGACUUCAGGGCUUUCACCUGAAUUCCAGUAAUGCCUGAGGGAGGGGAAGAACUGUUGUUAAAGAUCAAGGGAUUUGAUGGGGUUUUAAAUUCACGCUGGACAAACUCAAGGUUAGGAAAAAAACAAGGUCAUUUAGUAGUGGCAAGAGUCUCGAUCUGCUGACCAGCAGUGCUGGAAUAUAGGCAGAGUAAAGAAGGCUCUUUCUUCCCUCUUCCACAUGGCAUCACAGGACACAAUUUGGCAUUUUUAAAUAACUUUAAAUUCACAGAGGGAAGGAGCAAAAAGGAGGAGAAGAGAAUAUACAGGACGACAAAAUCAGGAGAAACUCCAAUUUCAGUGACCUGUGGGAAUGACUGGUGUGAACCCUCAGGGGUAACAGGGUGUAAACUAAGUUUGGAAUGCUGCACACUCCUGGUUCAUGGAAUUUUGGGUAGGGAGGAUUUCUUGGGGCUUGGGGUGUGAAGGGUGACAACUUGGGAAAUUUUGGGGGGUUUUACCGGUCCUAGUGAUGUCUGGAGUAGGUGAGGUGCAACAAAUUCCUUUGAGGCUCGAAUAAAGAAGUGGCAUAAUCCUGUAAAAUGUGGAUUGGGGAUAAUCUAGAAACAAAAUGUGGAUGUUUAAGAAUUGGGAAAUGCUGUGAAGUCCAAAGGAGCUGGAUGAAAAUGAACCAGCAGUUCAGUUUUUCUGAUUUGAGAGACAAUUGUUUGAAGGAUUUUUCUUCUCAAGUUCCUCUGUCCAGAUCCCACAUCAACCUUAACAUAAUACAGCAAAGAUUGCCCGAGAAACCUACCAAAUAAAUGAGGAUUCACCAAUUCUCUCCUGAUUCUUCAAAGGUUUUGACUUUUAAAAGCUCUGCAAAGGGUUUGGGGUGUGUUUGUGGGCAAGCUGCUCCCUGCUGCUUCCCUCUCAUCCUACAUUUCUCCUAUCCUUUCCAGCAUCAGUCCCCCUGUAUUUGGGCAUGGCUCCUUCUGUCUUGCCCAAAUUAUCUUUUGUGAAUUAAAGUAUUUUUCCUCACAUGAAGAACUGCUAAUUUUGGGUUUUAACCCUUCUUCAAUCUUGCUUUGCCUAACUUUUUAGGAGUUAAUGGCUUCUUGUGGCUAAAUUAAUACAUUAACUCAGACCUCGUCUCUGUGGAAUGUUUCCUUUUGAAGGUAGCAAUGAAUUUAGGUUAAAUCUGAUAAUUGUAACUUUAAUUACUUCUCAGUGUUUGCCUUGCCCUUUGCAGGUCAGUAUAUGGGGCAGCUGUAGUUUAGAACAAAACCUUACAAAUUUGAACAAAGAAUAUGGCCUUGACAACUUUGGGUAAUUUCUGUUGCUCUUGGAAUUAAUUGAAAACCUGCUUUUCUGUAAGUUAACCCUUUCCCCCUCCUCCCCCCUAAUACUGUAUGGUAGGGAAUUGUAAAGAGCUAAAAUUUGGGUUAAGUUGUAUGGAAGUGGUUUAAGCCUGAUUAAUUUUGAGUUAGCAAAUGAAUUUCUGAAUGCUCAGUCCAAGAUUCGUGUUAAAUUAGUGUUCGGGUUUGAGAUGUUGCACAGCUAAAAGAAGGGAUUUUUGAUGAAAAUCUGGUACUGUGGUGUCAUUAAUGAUCGUUCUUCAUCACAGUUUACACUAAAUGUAGAAUUCUUUUUUAGGAAGAAGUAGAAUUUUUGCUGAAUUUUAAAUUUCCUCUAAUACCUUGAAAUUCAGAAUACCUCCUAGUGUGUUCAGGUGUUGAAGGCAUGUGACUGAAGCUAAGCAUUCCACUGACCUAAAGAUAAAAAUCUAUAAGUUGAAACUGCUAAUUAGGUUAUCUCAGUACCAAAGCAGAUUACCAGUAAAUAACAGAGCAGGUGGGGUGUGAUUGCAGAGCACUGUUGGAGCGUGGGGCAUUUUUGGGCGGUGGAAAAUGCUGAUUUCCAUGGAAGCACAAAGCCCAGAUGUGUAACCCCCUCUUGUGCAGGCAGCUGGGGUGAGUGUGCUCAGAAAUCUUCACACCAGGGCUGCUCAACUGCAAAAUGGCCCAAAGUUCAUAUUACUGGAGCUCACUGAAGGCCCAACCAUGUUGUGCUUUCUGCAUUCAAAAGCACAUCGGUCGGUGGCCACAGCAGGACCUUCCUGGAGUCACUUCUGGUGGAUUUUGUCUCACUAUGUGGCUGACAGUACAAAUUGAGUUUCCUGAUGCUACAGUUCCUUAGUAGGUACUCAACUGAUCCAGUUGCACUUGCUAUAUUAAAUACAGGCAUAAAUAGCAAAUUCAGUUGCUUAGUGUUAAGUUAAACUGAGUUGACUGAACCUGUUGAUAAAAUCAUAGGGCUUUGGUAGAUUCAAUCCUUAAAUUGCAUUUAUAGUAAAAGUCCAUAGCACAUUUUUUUUUUCUAGUUUCAGUUUUGGCACUAGAUUUUAUCCUGGAGUUCUUAAAUAUUCUUCAUCCUGUUCUUUUUCUAUUAAGGUUAAUGUUGAAGAAGGAAAAUGCGGAAGUCGCCAUUUGACAAGUUUUAUAAAUGAGAAUUAUUUGAAGCUCAGGAAUAAGUGAAGCUGAAAUUUGAAAAAAAAGAAAGUGAAUGCAUGCUAAUUAUCAGACCAGAAGUCCCACUUGUAGAAUAUUGAGCAAUUUGUGUGAAGUGGGGAAGAUGAAAGAAGUCAGAAUUUGAAACGGAAGAAUGAAGAAAAGGAAUAAAAAUGAAGUUAAGAUAAGAAGUAAUCUGGAAUCUGAAAGCACUACGCUAAGAAUCCCGCUCUGCUUCCAGAAGCGGAAGUGCUCAUGGGUCUGGCAAGUCGGGGAGACACACCCCUGCAAGAUCUCGCUCUAAGGAGGAUUCCAGGCGCUCCAGGUCAAAAUCUAGAUCCAGGUCUGAAUCCAGAUCUAGAUCGAGGAGGAGUUCCCGCAGGCAUUACACGCGAUCUCGCUCCCGGUCCCGCUCUCACAGGAGAUCCAGGAGCAGGUCGUACAGUCGGGACUAUCGGCGCCGGCACAGCCACAGCCACUCCCCCAUGUCGACUCGGAGGCGUCACAUCGGGAACAGGGCAAAUCCUGACCCAAACUGUUGUCUCGGGGUGUUUGGGCUGAGUCUCUACACCACAGAAAGGGAUCUGAGAGAAGUUUUCUCCAAGUACGGGCCUAUUGCUGAUGUUUCCAUCGUGUACGAUCAGCAGUCCCGGCGUUCCAGAGGAUUCGCCUUCGUGUACUUUGAGAAUGUGGAGGAUGCCAAGGAAGCAAAGGAACGUGCCAAUGGAAUGGAGCUGGAUGGAAGAAGGAUCCGGGUAGACUUCUCCAUAACGAAAAGACCUCACACACCUACCCCUGGAAUCUACAUGGGAAGACCCACUUAUGGCAGCUCCCGACGACGAGAUUACUAUGACAGAGGGUAUGACAGAGGGUACGAUGACAGGGACUAUUACAGCAGGUCAUACAGAGGAGGAGGCGGCGGUGGAGGAGGAGGCUGGAGAGCUGUUCAGGACAGGGAUCAGUUUUACAGGAGGAGGUCACCGUCCCCAUACUACAGCCGAGGGGGCUACAGAUCCCGGUCCAGAUCGCGGUCCUACUCACCUCGUCGCUAUUAAAGCAUGACAUGUAGAGGGAUUUCUAGCUACAGCCUCUUGAGUUGAAAUUGCAAGUUUGUGGACAAUUUUUUUUAUUGUCUCUUCUGUUUAACCAAGUCACAGUGCCUAGUGAAUUAGGUGACUUUGACACCUUUUAUGAGGACAACUUCUGUGGUGUUCAGUGCUGUUUCAUUGUUUCAUUCUGCAUAUUUGUGUAGUUGGUGCUUUGUUUCCAGUUGUGUUUUGAAAGGAGUAUGUUUUGCAGGUUUUUUUUUAGUCUCCAUUUUGACUCCUGAAGGGUUUCUAUUGUAAAGACAAAACUGUGCAGUUAGUUUUUUCUACUGAUUCCAAGUUACUCCUCCCAAGAUCCAAACCUGUGUGAAAUGCUUUCCAAAAGUGAAAAAUAAAACAAAAAGAAGUUUGUUUUU